AUUGGCUGGAAUAAAGUUGUUUUGAAGAACGCCGUAAGCUUUAAUAUCUCUGUAACCGUUUGUCAAAAGUACAUAAUCCUAUACAUUUUCUUGAUCAGCGUUUCAAGAUCUGUACGAUGAAGGCAACAGGAUCAUAAUGUUUCAUAGACAAAACAUAUUCAAUAGUAAAAGCAUUUACCGGCUAGUAGUGAAGAGAUUUACGGACGAAGCAAAGUUUGAUCAAGACAGAUAUUGGCAACAUGUGAAAUUUAAUAAUCAACCAACCGCAUACGGUAACUGCGUGGUUAAAAUUCUGUCAAAUGCAAAUUCAAUCAUUAAAGCGCAGAAACUAGUUUUUAAUAUGUUUCAGGAAUUGAAUUGGAAAUGGCAAGCACAUAAUCCAACAGGUUUCCAGUACAACAUGAGCAAUGAUGGACAAAGAUACAUCACAGAUCGUUUUGAAAACAACAGUAUUUGGUGUGGUGCUUUUGUUGGAGGACAAUUAAUGGCAUGCGCACGUUUAGUAUACCGAAAGAAAAACAUUUCUCUGGAUGUUGAAGGAUAUAACUUAAGCAGUGCAGAAAAGUCACUUAUUGCACGCAGAAACACUGUCGAGGUGCAGAGGGCAAUGGUUACCAAACCUCACAGAGGGAAAGGUGUAAUAAAGUUUAUACAUGCAGUAUUUGCAACACAUGCGAUAAACGUACAAUCAAACAUAGUGAUUGCAGCGGAAGACCCUCCCUUUAUGAGUCAUGGUAUUGGCAAAAUACUUAAUAAUAGUUUUGACUAUGGAGAUGGUCAUAAAAUAAAGUUGGCUUACUACUCUGAAAAUGAUCUUUUAAGAAUCAUAGCCCUUGCAAAGGGGACAAUUAGUAUAUAGAAAAUUAGGUUUUUAAUUAGCGUAUUUUAAGCAGUUCUCAUUUCCUUGUAUUUAUGUUUCUAAAUAAAAAAGAUUUUGUGCCUU